CGGGGGGGAAUCCGGAGGGGCGAGGCCGGGCUGGGGGCUGGGAGCUGGGUGCGGGAGUUUUCUCGGCUUCCUCCUCCUCCUCCUCUUCCUCCUCCUCGGAUCUCUCCCCAAACCAAUCAGGCCAGCUGAGCCGGGCCGAUCCUCCCCUCCCCAGGUCCCUCCUCCACCUCCCCCCAGGAGCCAAUGCCCGCUCCCUAGGGGAGCCGCCUCCAGUCACGUGGUCCCGGCCGGGGCAGCCCUCCCCUCCCCGGGCCAUGACGCCGCCGCCUCCUCCUCCGCACCCCGACUCCCUGGUGGUCUUGUUUGGGGCAACCGCUGGUGCUCUGGGGGCUAAACUGGGCUCAGAUGAGCGGGAGCUAAUUCUCUUGGUGUGGCAAGUUGUGGAUCUUCACAGCCGGAAGGUGGGGACCCUGCACAAGUCCCUGGUUCGCGCAGACGACAGCGAGCUGAGCGAGCAGUGCCGGGAGGCCAGCGGUCUGAGCGCGGAGGGGCUGGGCCGGGCCGAGCCGCUGGACAAAGUGCUGCAGCAGUUCUCGCAGCUGGUCUUGGGGGACGUGGAGCUCCUGGGCGGAGGCUCCUACACGCUCUGCACAGAUGGGCCGCUCCUGGUUCGGCAGGUCCUCCACCCAGAGGCUUCGAGAAAGAACCUGGUACUCCCCGGCUCUUUCUUCUCUUUCUACGACCUGCGCAGGGAGUUCCACGCGCAGCGGCCCGAGGCCGGCCCUGCCCGAGACCUCACCGUGUCCGCCAUGGCGCAGAACUUGGGGCUAGAAACAGAUGCUGCAGAGGAUGACUUUGGUGUCUGGGAAGUGAAAACCAUGGUGACCAUCAUUUGCCAUCUCCUCUCGGAACAGAAUCACAGUUUCACGGAACCGGAAAUUGUCAAGUGCAAGUACGAUUCUGGACCCUGCAGCAAGGCCGAGGUGGUGGACAACGAGACCGUGGUUCGGGCGAGAGGCCUCCCCUGGCAGUCUUCUGACCAGGACAUAGCCCGAUUCUUCAAGGGGCUCAACAUUGCCAAGGGGGGCGUGGCGCUGUGCCUGAACGCCCAGGGCCGGCGGAACGGGGAAGCGCUCGUCCGCUUUGUGGACUCGGAGCAGAGGGACCUGGCCUUGGAGCGGCACAAGCACCACAUGGGUGCCCGAUACAUCGAGGUGUACAAAGCCUCAGGGGAAGAGUUCCUCAAGAUCGCUGGGGGCACGUCCCACGAGGUGGCUCAGUUCCUGUCUCGGGAGGACCAGGUGAUCAUCCGCAUGCGGGGGCUGCCCUUCACGGCCACCCCGGCCGACGUGCUGGCCUUCCUGGGGCCCGAGUGCCCGGUGACCGGCGGGCACGAGGGCCUGCUCUUCGUCCGCUACCCGGACGGCCGGCCCACGGGGGACGCCUUCGCGCUCUUCGCCUGCGAGGAGCUGGCCCAGAGCGCCCUGCGCAAGCACAAGGGCAUCCUGGGCAAGCGCUACAUCGAGCUGUUCCGGAGCACGGCGGCCGAGGUUCAGCAGGUUCUGAACCGCUACACGUCGAGCCCGCUGAUCCCCACGCUGCCGGCCCCCCUGAUCCCGGUGCUGCCGGCCCCCUUCCCCUUGGCGGGCGCCGGCGUGCGUGACUGCGUCCGGCUGCGGGGCCUGCCCUACACCGCCAGCAUCGAUGACAUCCUCGGCUUCCUGGGGGAGGCAGCCGGCGACAUCCGGCCCCACGGGGUGCACAUGGUGCUGAACCAGCAGGGCCGGCCGUCGGGGGACGCCUUCAUCCAGAUGAAAUCUGCAGACCGAGCCCUCAUGGCCGCCCAGAGGUGCCACAAAAAGAUGAUGAAAGAACGCUACGUGGAGGUCUUUCCCUGCUCAGGGGAGGAGAUGAGCCUGGUGUUGAUGGGGGGUACCCUGAGCCGCAGCGGCAUGUCCCCCCCACCCUGCAAGCUGCCCUGCCUCUCCCCUCCCACUUACGCUGCCUUCCAGACGGCCACAGCCGUGAUCCCCACCGAGGCCACGGCCGCCCUCUACCCCCCUUCGGCCCUUCUCCCUGCAGCACGGGCUCCCUCGGCCCCCACCCCCGUCACCUACUACCCCCCACCAGCCACUCAGCUCUACAUGAACUACACGACCUAUUACCCCAGCCCCCCGGUCUCCCCUACUACCGUGGGUUACCUCACGGCUCCCUCGGCUGCCGUGGCCCCGGCCCCCGCCUCGGUGCUGCAACAGCCCGGGGCGCUGGUGAGGAUGCAGGGACUCCCGUACACGGCCGGCGUGAAGGACAUUCUCAGCUUCUUCCAGGGCUAUCAGCUUGCCCCCGAUGACUACGCCAAUCUGGUCCCAGUUGGUGACCCCCCCCGCCCUGUCCUACAAGCCCCCAAAGAGUGGGUGUGCUUGUAGCUGUGAGGGACCCGAGAAGCUCCCAGCAGACUCUGUCCUGGUCCUCCACAGCUUCAGCGGCCGGCCUCGGGGAGACGCCCUCGUCACCUUCCCCAGCCUGGAUGCUGCGCGGCGGGCUGUGGCUGAGGAGCAUGGCCGGACUCUGGGUGGUCAGCACGUCCAGCUCUCCCUGGUAUGACCCGCUACGCCAGGGCAGAGGGCGCAGACCCUUGUCUCUGACACCCAAGUGCCUUGAAGGGGAGAAGGGCGGAGGGUCCUUGCUUCCUUCCCCCUCCCCUCCCACAGCCCCCCACGCGAUCCUUGCUCUGCUCCCCCGGAUGCCCCACCGAUCCCUCGCUCCCUCCGAAGUUGUGGGUGGCUCUGGGCUCCUGGCCCGCACCCGGAAGCCUGGCCUCACGUUCAGGAGUUUGGGGGUCCCCACCCCCGCACUGCCAGGCCGUAGCCCUGUUAAGUUAUGAAUUUUUUUUAAUUUAAGCCAAUGCAGAAGGGAGUCCCUGUUUACACAAGUGUGUACCUUGUACGUUGUGCCUGCAUGUGGGACUGCUUUGGUGGAGACUGCGGGUCCGGAGGGGGAGGGGGAGUGCGCCCCGUGUCCGGCUGUUAGGGCUUGUUUCAGAGGAGACGGCCUCGGCCUCCCCUCCCCCGCGGGUGUGAGUAUGGGGCAGGUGGGGCUGGGCAGAGCCCUUCUGAUCCCGCCUCCGCCCACGGCAGCCUGAGUUAGGCCUAAGGGAGGGGGCCUCUGAAUAAAAGAUGCAAACACCCA